CCGGGGGUCGAGCAAACCAUAUCCUAUUCAAUGUGAGGUUCCAAUGACAGUGUCAUGCGGGAAUGGAACGUUAACUGUAUUGGACCACGAUUGAGCCGUUUGACGUAUGAGCUUGCUCACGGGAAUAGUGCGGUUCGAGUGUGUCGAGUUGGCCACAGAACUAAGUACCGCCUCACGUCCGCGCAAAGCCAACAGCGGACACUGGUGCGUGUCGAUGUCAUUGUUCACCCAAACUUCUUCAUUCUGGUCCUUGAAACGACACGUCGGAGCGUUGCUUCAUCCUUGGACUGGAUACGAUCCGUCGCUUCGCAGAUAUCAAGCGAAGAGCUCUGCCGCAUGCAGGACAUGCCACCACACGCACCUUGUUGCCCCCGUCAUCUCGAAGAACACUUGCCACCUCGCACCUGCUCAGGAACUUGAUCAAAGAAGAGUUAGCAGCACCACGGCGCGGUCUGAUGCGGUCGGCGACCCCCGCCAGCUGCGCGGCGCAUCUGCGCGCCACACGUGCCGCUCCACAUCUAUGGGUGAAAUACAGAAACCAUAUAGCGUUAUUGUAUGGAAGAUUUCGAGACUUGCGGUUGUUCAACCCAAUUGCUGGCUUUUUCCCCCAUCCGACGGUGGAACCACCGACGUCGAUCGUUGCCAUGUCGAACGUGGGUGCCGCGAUCGCACCCACAGGGCACCCAACAGGAUCAAGGGCGUGCCAGCAAGGUCACGGCCCCCUCGCUGAGUUUGACCAACUGCGGCCAACGCGGAGGUGGCCACAAGAUGAGCCCGAGAUAUAGCACGUCCGAUCCGCGACCUCCAUUUCGCGCUCUGAAAGGAUGAACACGUGUUCAGAAACAAGUGAUAGGUUCAGCCAAAGGGAAAAGAAGAUGGUCCCUGGUGGUCGCGUCGUGUUCGCGCCAAGGGCAUGGCGAAGUACGUGCAUCGGAGCGUUGUCGAAGCCGCGAGCAGUGGCCGCGCGCGUGCUGAGUCGAAGGACAUGACUAUUGUUGGACGCCGCAUCAUCCGGUGGCACGUUCGCUCUCUCCCCACAAUUCCAAUGAACGUCUCCGACAAAUUGGUAUACUGAAUCGCAAUACAAAUUCUUUCUGUGAAACUGCGAAGACUUGAAGUAGCGUCGACCGAGGCAGCUGCCCGGGAGGAUGUGCGACUUCUCUCGACGGUGACGCAGCAAGCUCCGUUCUGGCCACCAAGGGAUACGCGUGGCGUUGGCGGGAGAACCACCGGCAGGUCGCUUCAACUUUUUUUAGAAAAACGCGUGGCCACCAUACAGAAUGGGGGAUGCAUGUCGACGUGCAACUUCAACGUUCUGUUCUGCCCCACCGCCGCCGCUUGGGGCACGACCGUCCACGGCACGCAGCGGCCACUUCUUGUCCUUCUCUCCCUCGCUCGCUCUCCGCCUGACGUGGCGUCCGCGACAAGCCAUUCGACGUCGCAUCUGCUCUUCCCGUGUGCAACGUACCCAUUGACGUUUGCACAAAUCGGAAAACGUCUUGGUUUUAAGUAUAGGUGGC